AUGGCAGUGGCUACACCAAAAAGUGUAGCAUCUUUGAUGCAGAAGACUUUAGAACGUCAGGCAGCAGUAGCGCGAAUGAAACUACGGUUUUCUAAAAAUCAAGUGAAGGAAAUUCUUACAAAUUACGUGAAUAAAAACAUCUCGGGACCAUAUUUAGAACUGGUGAAAGUCUUGCGAGAUUAUCCGUUAAAUGAUGACAAUUUUAGAAUUGUUUUUGACGAUAGUCUAUCAUGUGUAGUUUUGCUUGGUAGGGACUUAGAUAAAUAUAUAGAUGUUGUAUGUAGUAUAGAAUGGGUGAGUCGAAGUGAGGACCUUGUGAACUUGUACAAAAAGUUUGUCUUAGACCUUGUCACAGCUCACACCUACCAUUGUCCAAGAGUUAUGAUGCGACUUGUGUAUACAUUCAAAGCUGAUGGCGUAAACUGGGAUGAUAGUCCACCAGCAGAACUAUUGCGCCAAUGGUCCAAUGUCCAUGAAAUCAUAGGACACAUUGUUGCUAUUAUGCCUAUGACCAGUGACCUUCUAAUGCACACAUUGAUGGAACAAUUUCCAUACUACAAAGUAGGAUGCUACGUCAACAGAGCCUAUGUAUACAACGCAAUAUGGAUGAGCAAAUACCUUCCAGCACUUAGAGAACAGAUUAUGAGUGCAAUCAUUAAUAGGAUGAUAGAAAUGGAUGUAAAUGUAGUAGAGAAUGAGAAAAACAAGAUCCAAUCAGACAUGAUGUUUGAGAUGGAGACGGAUACACUUGACGAGAUCUCGGAAACCUUGGACUAUUGCAUGCUGGAAGUGUUGAAGUGGUUGGAGGAUGAGAGAGCUCCAAUUUUAAAUAUACUAUGUAACGUGUUUGAGAGGCUCAUACUACCUACAUAUGGUAUUAGACAUGUUCAAUUUCUGCUGCUUUAUACCAUAUCAAUAAACCAGCAAUGUGCAGACCGUAUCCUCAACAACCUGUGGAUGGUGGCAGCAGGGCUACAAGGCGUCAGUCCCGGUGCUCUCACCACGCGACGCACAUCUGCGAGUCAUUUGUCUGGUCUCCUAGCAAGAUCUGUGAGAGUACCAAACUCCAGAUUAAUACACUAUUUGAGGAGUAUGGCUGAAUGGUGUCACUCGUACAUAACUGCGACACAGGAGUCGACCACAGCCAGCGACAAUUUGAAAGCGCACGGAGCUUUCCACGCUAUAUGUCACGCGAUCUUUUAUCUGGUGGCGUUUAAGCAUCAUUUGCUGUUUGCCAGUAAAGAGAAUGUAAACUUCGUAGAAUCCCUAAACCUCCCGCGGCUGGUGACCUGCCCUCUAAAUCCCCUGAGGACCUGCCCUCCGCAAGUGACUCGCGCGUUUUCCUCAGUGACCCGCCAGCACCAGGUGGUAUACUGCCAGGCCAUCAUAGAGAAGAAUGCAAGACACACUCUACAAGCAGCUAGUGUGAUGCAGUAUGAUGAGUGGUUUCCUUACGACCCUUAUAACUUGCCCAGAUCCGGUAAAAUAAUCUGGCCACUUUGCAUAGACUAUAAAGAUUGGCUAAAAGAUGGUGAUGACGAAACUCAAUACACAUCUAUGAAGAGAAAACUAGAAGCCGAGGAUGAUGACUUCUUAGUGAGUGCGAGCCCCAAUCAACUGUUAGCUUCCUCCCUGUCUAACUCAAUCUCACCAGGUUUUAGAACCAGUGAAAAUAUAUUUAUAUAG